UCAGCCACGGAGCUAAACCCAGGCCUUGGGUUCCAUGUUUGCAGGACUGCCUUGAAGUAGUGUGGCUCAGUGGCUCUCAGGUUUGCCAUUCUUCCAGCAGGCUUUGGGGUCAGGACCCCUUUAUGCUCUUAAAAACUACUGGGGAAUUCCCCCUAUCCCCAGGGCUUCUGUCUAUGGGGGUCAUAUUGGUAUUUGCCAUAUCAGAAAUGAAAACUUGUCAGUAUAUGUAUAAUGGCUUCUCUGACUAACUGGGGCCCUUCGUUGACAGCUUCCUUUUCUUCCAGAGCCAAAUAUCACAAACUAAAGUUUGGGACUGAACCGAACCAAGGAGAGAAGAAGUCAGAGCUGCUGGAGCAAGUCCCCAAUGGACCUGUGGAGCCAGUCUCCUUGGAGAGCAGCCAGCUGGUGUGGAAGGAAGGCCGGCAGCUGCUCCGACAGUACCUGGAGGAGGUGGGCUACACGGACACCAUUUUGGACAUGCGUUCCAAGCGUGUGCGCUCACUGCUGGGCCGUUCCAUGGAGCUGAAUGGUGUGGCUGAACCCAGUGACGGAGGUCCUGGGGGGCUUCCUGCGGGGGAGUCAGUGCUGGCCAAGCAGAUUGAAGAGCAGAUCAAAAGGAAUGCAGCAGGGAAGGAAGGCACGGAGCGGCUGGGCAGCUCUGUGCUGGAGAAGAUCCCCUUCCUGCAGAAUUGUGAGGAUGAAGACAGCGAUGAGGAGGAGGAGCUGGAGAGUUUGCAACCGAAGAAGCAGCGUGUCAAGUUGUCUUCUAAGCCCCUGGUACCAGAAAUAGAUGAGGAAGAUGAUGAUGAAGAUUCUGAGGAUGCCAUCAGCGAGUUUGACUUUCUAGGCUCUGGGGAGGAUGGGGAAGGGUCUGCUGACACACGCCGCUCUGGGGAUGGCACUGAGUUGGAGAGUCGGCGGGUGAAACUGCAGGGCAUGCUGGCUGAUCUUCGGGAUGUUGAUGGGCUGCCCCCGAAAGGGACGGGCCCACCCCCUGGCACACCACAGCCUCGGCCCCACGAUGCUUCCCUCGGCUUCUCCUCUGAUGUCUUCAUCAUGGACACAAUUGGGGGUGGAGAGGUGAGCCUGGGUGACUUGGCCGACCUCACCGUCACCAACGACAAUGACCUCAGCUGUGACCUCUCUGAUAGCAAAGAUGCCUUCAAGAAGACCUGGAACCCCAAGUUCACCCUCCGCUCCCACUACGAUGGCAUCCGCUCACUGGCCUUCCAUCACAGUGAGUCGGCUCUGCUCACGGCCUCUGAGGAUGGCACCCUGAAGCUCUGGAACCUGCAGAAGACUGGGACGGCCAAGAAGAAUGCUGCUCUGGAUGUGGAGCCCAUCCACGCCUUCCGGGCCCACAGGGGCCCCGUGCUGGCCGUGGCCAUGGGGAGUCACAGUGAGCACUGCUACAGCGGCGGGGCGGACGCCCGCAUUCACUGCUGGAGGAUCCCCGACCUCCACAUGGACCCUUACGAUGGCUACGACCCUGGCGUGCUGAGCAGUGUGCUGGAAGGCCACGGGGAUGCUGUGUGGGGCCUGGCUUUCAGCCCGACCUCGCACCGUCUGGCCUCGUGCUCUGCAGAUGGCACCAUCCGAAUUUGGAACCCCAGCGGCGACAGCCCUGCCUGCCUGUGCACUUUCCACACCGCCAGCGAGCACGGGAUCCCCACCUCAGUGGCCUUCACCAGCACGGAGCCGGCCCAGGCCGUCGCGUCCUUCCGCUCGGGCGACACCGUCCUUUACAACCUAGAGACCGGCAGCGCCCUCCUCACCUUGGAAUCCCGGGGCAACAGCGGUCCUACCCAGAUCAACCAGGUGGUGAGCCACCCCAACCAGCCCCUCACCAUCACUGCCCACGAUGACAGAGGCAUCCGAUUUCUGGACAAUCGGACAGGUAAAUCCGUGCAUUCCAUGGUUGCCCACCUCGAUGCUGUGACCUGCCUGGCUGUCGACCCGAACGGUGUGUUCCUGAUGUCAGGAAGCCAUGACUGCUCCCUGCGCCUGUGGAGCCUGGACAACAAGACCUGUGUGCAGGAGAUCACGGCGCACCGCAAAAAGCAUGAGGAAGCCAUUCACGCCGUGGCCUGCCAUCCCAGCAAGGCGCUCAUAGCAAGCGCCGGGGCUGAUGCCCUGGCCAAGGUGUUCGUAUGACGCCUGGUCCGGUGAUUUUCUCCACUUGGGUCUGGUCUGGGGGAGUGAGAUGCCUCAGCUCCCUGAGCCUCAUGGUGCUAAGAGCUAUGGGGCCGGCCCUCUCCUCCCUCACCUUCCCCAUUUAUGCUGGGUGGAAGAUGGGAGCCCUUCAGUCCGCUCCUUCAGGACUCUCUUCCUUUUCUGCCCCUGUCCCCCGGGCCUGGACUCUCACUAAGGGGCCUGGGCAUGGGGUGGGGGGUUCCGGGCCCUUGUCUGCCUCACUGUCCCUUUCUGGGGCAGCAGAGACGGACUGGGCAGGGAGGGGGAGGGGAGGCGCUUCAGGAGGACCCUCCUGGUCUUCCCACACUGCUCCCUUGGCCUAUGGACGUUUUGGGGGAAGUAUCGGGAGGGCGGACACAACUUGCCCCCCUGCCCUCCCUCCAGCACGGAUAAACACACUGCAGACACUAGCUCCUUCCUUGACCCAGAAGCAUUGACUGCCCAGAGGAUGCCUCCUUCCCUCCAUGGUGGAGGGGGGAGGAGAUGGGAGGGACGUUGGGCUGGGGGGCGUUGGAGCCCUCCUUCCCCCAGCCCUCCUUCACACUGUACAUUCUGUAUAAAUCAAUACAAUUUUAAAUGGAAGCCCAGCCCCUCCGCCUGCCCUCCCUGGCCCCCUGGUUGUUAUCACUGUGUGAUAGUCUGUCGGUCUGUCCCCUGCCCCUAGGCAGGGCUCCUAAGCUUUCUUUGUAUAUUUAUUUCACUCUCAGUUUCAGCUCGAGCCCAAUCCUGGUCCCAGCCCCAGCCCCCCCCCCCAAUAUGUGAAAACCUGCCUCAAUAAACCUUUUUGAAUAAGA